AUGGCGACCGAUGAAGUGGCGCAGGAUGUGUCUCAGGUCACCGACUUCUACUACCACACGUGUAGAAAGUUCAGGAUAUUCUCCGAGAAGGUUGACACAGUUCCUGCUGGAAAAACAAUCAGAAAUCGUCUUGCUACGUCUUCACAACUCGGAGUGACGUUUGCUCUUGUAGGCACUAACCAGGUGAAUAUCCCUAAAAUUAGAACAGUGAUUUAUAACUCAUGUUUUCAGCUGUUAUGUUUUCCUACGAAAAGUCUACUCAGUUACAAAGUAACUCGGGAGAACAUGAUUGUUGAAGUGACGGAUCUUUCUGCCAAAUCUAUCGGACUACACGGAGUUGAAGAGAUUAACGAUAUGGGAGUCAACUCUGACGGCACACUGCUGGCAGUUUUACAAACUAGAAACAAUGAUGUUUCUGUAGAUGUAUUCGAUAUAAAAUCUCUCUGCUCAGCUGUCAGUUCUGUUCCGUUCAAACCAAUCUGCUCAACACGUGUUGGUACAGAACAAGUCAACCAAGGAAGUUGUUUUGAAUGGAAUCCUGCGUUUCCGGAUACGUUCGCAGCUUCAUCUACCGAUAGAAGUAUAAUGGUUGCAAAGAUCGAUGUUAAAAAUCCAUCCAGUCAAAAACUCAUUGGAAUCGGGAAACUUGGAGCUAUCACUACUGCGAUCAGUUGGAGCCCGAAGGGAAAACAACUAACGAUUGGAGACUCGUUAGGAAAAAUCGUACAAUUGAAGCCGGAGCUGGAUGUUGUUAGAAGUCAGGCUGGACCAAAACACACUCCCGCUUAUGGAAAAGUAACUGGCCUAUGCUGGCUUGCAACUACUGAAUGGCUUGUUUCUUUUGAAAGAGGAACGGAUCAUGACGCGUAUCUGAUGAGAUGUAAGAAAGACAAACCCACUGAAUGGAUGCAAUACCAUGAGCUCUCUUAUUCCUCUUCAAAGUGGACCUUCCCUGCUUUCCUCUUCCCUGCUUCUCAAUUACUAGUUGACUGGAAUGUUGUGAUUGUUGGAAACUCAAAAACAAGUGAAAUCGCUACUGUGGGUAAAAGAGACGAGUGGCAAACUUGGGUUCCUGUGGAAGGAGAAGGAAUCUACUUGCCAACCACAGCGAGUGGCAAAGACACUGUUCCGAUUGGACUAACAAUUGACAGAUCUAUGGCAGAAGAAGUAUCGUUAGAACAGGAUGGGUCUCGGAAGCAUCGUCCAUCUCCACUUGUUUUGUGUCUCACCAACGACGGAGUGCUCACCGUUCAUCAUGUCAUAAGCACCGUCACAGCACAUAAGCUUUGUCAAAUUGAAAGUCAGAGUAUUGGUGUUACCGGAUUGGCCAAAUUACAGCUGACUCAAGCUGUUUCCACUUCUUCAAAUGCUUCCUCAGCUUCGCCCGCCCAGAUUCCGACAGCACAGCCAUCUACAAUUUUCGAGCAAAAACCCAAGUUGGAAUCUGUCGCUCCAACUCCAAAAUCCAACAUUUUUGGUACACCACUGUCUACACCGAAGCCAGCAGAUGCUCUUCUGGGAUCAACACCGACUACGGCUCUGGGAUCAACACCGACUGCUUCCAUGUUGUUUGGCGGCAGCAAGAUAUCACCUCCAGCUAACACAGCGGCUCCUGAAGCUACCCCAACGACGCCUGCCCCUCAAUCGAAACUAGUUCCGGUUACCACACUCACACCGGCUUCUUCUACUGCAGAAGAUCUGAAAGCUCUUGAAAACAAGAAUGCUGAAGCGCUGGCAGCUAAGAAAAAAAUAUUACUUGAUCGUGUCAGCAAGAUCAAUUUGAUGAUGACGUCUACGAAAGAUUCCAUCAUGAAAAUGUCAUUUGCUGUGGGAAAAAUGAAAAACUGUGUUAUGGAAUGCGCGGAAGUGGUUCAAGCAUCUUUAGAAGAUUCAAAAGAAGUGAUGGAUGAACUGAGGAACCUGAUUGUAUUAAUAGAACGAAUGUCGGAUAGAACUCAACAUACGGUAAAAGAGAUGGAUUUUGAAAUUGACGAAAAAAUGGAAUUGGUUGCUGGCGUUGAUGACGGUGAGCGAGUUCUGGAAAAGCUCCGAAGCAUGUCCGAAACAGAGAAAAUGAUGAGAUUCAAUAAACUAGAAACAACUGCUGAUUUAUUGAAUGGAAAGUACGAGGAGUGUUGUGAAAAGAUCAAGAAGUUGAGAACAAACUUGGCUGAAAAGGAAUCUCUUCGGAAGCAAGCUGUUCUACCCCCUUUUCGAUAUAACUCGAAUCUCAAUCAGCUUCGCCAUGGUGCCGAGUCGGAAAUCGCUCUAAAAGUCAUGCGUAACGUAACCAAAAUCAUCUUAGACACCCGCGAACGUAUUCAACGAACUGAAUUGGAUUUCGUACGUUUCAAACGAGAAAUUUCCAAAGGACCUGAUAUGAAAAAGAACGCCAAUGCCACUUUGGCACAACCAUCCGAAAUAUGCAUUCCUGCAGAAAAUGCUCCACAACGUGGAAAAAUGAGCGACUCUGAAAUCGUAAAAGCCAGACAACUACUAGUUUCAAGGGUACAGAAAAAAGGUCCAGUGAAAACAAGGAAUGUGAUCAUAGAGUCUUACAAGAAGGCGGAUGACCCAAAAACUAAAAAAUUGGAAGAACUUGACACUUCGAACCUGUCAAAUGCUAUUCUGAAAUUGAGUAUGACUCCAAGACGAGUAAUUCCAACAUCGUCAUUGUUCACCACGGCAGAUGUAACUCCACCGAGAAAAGCAGACGCCGCGACGCAAGCUGACGAACCACCAGUAGUAAAAACCGUAGUUGUGACUGUAGAAUCCCCAGCGAAACCAGUUACAACAGCUCCAGUGACUUCUCUCCCGAAGACAACUAAGACGACAGCUGUUCCAGCUAUUGCUACACCGAAAGUAGCUACUAUGAAAGAGGAAGUCAAAGAUCAAAAAACUCCAGCCCCACUUUCAACUUCCUCUUCUAUUUUCUCGGGGAGUCUUUUUGGUUCAACAGCUCCGAAAGCUCCACCAGUAUCAGCUGGAACAUCUCCAUUACCAACAGCUGGAAGUAGUUCGCUUUUGAAUUCCUCCUUGAACAUCAGUCCAAAAGAAGAAAAAGAAGGGAUCACUGAAGCGAAUAAAAACGAGGAAACAAAGCUUCCCAAUGUGAAGAAAGUGGAAGAAAAGCAACAGGAGUCGGAUGAUGUCAAAGUUCCAACUGGGAAAGUUGAAACGCCGAAAGAAGAACCAGUUGUUAAGCAAGAGCAACCCAAGCCAGUGGAACCAGUUAAUGUAACUCCAAAAGUUGAGGCACCAGCUCCUACAGUCACAACAAGUCCUCCAGCCACUGAGCCUAAAACAGAUCUCACUCCAAAAGCUCCUAGUUUCUCUUUCAACUCAACUCCUAAAUCAAUCACUUCAACACCUUCUAUUUUUGGUGGCGAAUUCGGGACACAAUCUCCUGCUUCAACCAAUUCUUCAAGUAUCUUUGGUGGAGCUGCUACGGCUACUCCAGUGGCUUCUGGAAAUACUUCAAGCAUUUUUGGAGGUGGCGCUAAAACGACUAAUUCUCCAUUUGGAAGCUUCGGAAAGGGAUCGGCUCAGCCAGCACAAGCUCAAAAUCUCACUCCAGCUACUUCAUCUGUUUCAUUUUCAUUCAAUACUGGUUCAUCAGCCCCACCAGCGAAAUCAACAGGAUUCGGUGCAUUCGGAGGGGGUGCUCCAGCUCAGACAUCGUCCGCUUUCGGAUCAUCAGUAACUGCUCCAACUGUACCGAAUGUUGAUGACGGAAUGGAAGAUGACUCGAUGGUAAAUGGUGGUGGACCAGGAGGAUUUAUGAGUGGUCUCGGGAGCUCUGGAAACGCUAUCAGUUCGAAUACCGGAAACAAUCCCUUCGCUCCUAAGGCUUCAACUGGUACUGCUUCAAAUAAUUCUUGGCUUUUUGGCGGUGGAAAUGCUCAACAACCAUCACAACAGCAACAGAAGCCUUCCUUCUCAUUUUCGACUGGUGGAGCAUCUCAACAGCCGGCAACAUCAACAACUUCGUCUUCUGUUUUUGGCGGCGCCCCCAAGUUCGGAUCUCAGCCAGUAUUUGGAGCUAAGCCGUUUGGAGGAGGUGCAGCACCGGCAAGUGGAUUGAGUAAAAAUGCUUCAAUCUUCGGUGGAGCAGUUUCAUCAACACCAAGUGCCCCAGCCGGUGGUGGAUUCGCUCAGUUUGCAACAGGCCAGCAAACAUCGUCAUUGUUCGGAGGAGGUGCCGCGGCUGCUGCUCCACAAACUGGCAGCUCUAUCUUCGGAGGAGGAGCAAAAACGACGGCUCCAGCUAGUUCAAUUUUCGGAGGAGGAGCUUCGACGAAUGCCAACAAAAAUACGUCUUUCACAUCGUGGCGCUAA